AUGCAAUACUAUUAUAUAUUAAUUCUACUUCUAUCUCAUCAAAUUAACUCAUCGACGAGUUCAAAUAAACAGGAAAAUGUCACAUCGAAGACAGGAUCAACGCCGGCACCUGUAAUUAAUCCUUAUCAUCCACGCGAUCAUAUCGUUAAUCCGCACAAUUUCUCCUAUAUACUUAAUCCAGGACAUUCUGUGUGUGAUAAUAGUAAUUCAUCUGUUUAUCUCUUAGUUUACGUCCAUUCGGGUCCAACGAAUUACCAACGUCGAAUGGUCAUACGUGAAACAUGGUCGACACGAACAUUGUUUCCCGAUCUACGUCUCGUAUUCAUGAUUGGACAAACUCUCGAUAAGAGUAUUAUGAAAGCUAUUGAAUAUGAAAAUGAAAUCUAUCAAGAUAUCGUUCAAGAGGAUUUUAUUGAUGCCUAUAAAAAUCUUUCUUACAAAGGAGUGAUGGCUUUGAAAUGGAUCUCCACAUAUUGUCCACAAACGAAAUAUGUUUUAAAGGUUGACGACGAUAUUGUUGUCAAUACAUUUACAUUGAUCAAUCAUCUGAAAUUUCUCGACAAACAUAAUCCAAAUAAACAUAGCACAAUACUUUGUUUAUUAUGGCAAGCAAUGGGUGUUAUGCGAGAUAGUAAAUCGAAAUGGUAUUUGAGUCGAGAAGAUUUUCCACUGGAUAAAUUUCCACCUUAUUGUAGUGGUUCAGGUACAAAAAUACCGCGUUUCUUUUCCUUCUUUUCAGCUUUUAUACUCACCGGAGACAUGCCAGCAAAAAUGUACAACGCCAGUCUUUAUGUACCAUUCUUUUGGGUUGAUGAUUAUUAUAUAACCGGCGCUGUCGCCACUGCUGCAAAUGUCACCUAUGCUCAACUUGGUUCGCUCUAUACAAUACCUCAACAAUUGGCACACACGCGUUUUAUGUCAUCGAAGUCGUUCUAUACGAUCAUGUUUGGACAUUUCCCUGGAUCGAUGAAUAAUAUGCGUGAAAUUUGGCGUCGGAUACUCACGAUGCAAAAGUAUAAAUUUCCAACACGUGUUGAGUUACUUUCAUUUAGCUGGGAUGAAACUGUACAUCGAAAUGACAAAACUUCAUGA